AUGUCAAGCUCCUGCUCGGCAACAGUUUUCAACAAUUUACGCCCCCGCUCAAAAGCUUACCAAUUUGCCUCAGAAAAUACAGCAAAAUCUUUGGAAUUCUUCUGUAAUUUCACGAGAGAUGAAGGCGCAGUACCAAUCGACCAACGCGGCGACACGGUCCUCCACCUUCUGGCCAUCAAAGGGAAUGUGGACGCCUUGCGAAACCUAAUUCAGGCAGACCACUUUCUCGACGAAAUGCUCCUGAGAAAGAAUGCCAACGGCAACACCGCGUUGCAUGAAGCUGCGAUGUCUGGUCAGAAGGAUGUGACGGAGACCUUGGUGAGGAAGAAGCCAGAUUUAGUUUCCGAGCGGAACAGUUUGAACGAGACGCCUCUUUACCUUGCUGCUGCGUUUGGAAAGAGUGAAGUGUUCACAAUUCUGGAAAUAUACAGUAGCAAUUGCAGGAUAAGGAGACACGAUGGCUCCACCAUUCUUCAUGCUGCCAUUGAGGGAGAACAUUACAGCUGGGCCACAGGGCUUUUGGGUUUGGCUAUUCACAUCUUAGAAUCGUACCCUGAUCUUGCUGACAAACAUGAUGAGAAGGGUAUGACUGCGUUGAAUUUGUUGGCAUCAAAACCAUCUUCUUUCAAAAGUAUGUCAUCGUAUGUGUUGAAAGAUCUGAGCAGGACACCCUUCGUUCCUUUGCAGAUGCUUGAAGCUGUGGUCUACAAGUUUAUAAAAACAAGCACAGUUUUGAAGUCGCCAGUGGCUGAUAACGUAGAGGAUCCACCAACUGAUAACAGAGUUGGUAUCUCAAUGGUAGAAAGACCAUUUUUCAUCAGAGUUAUCUUAGGGUAUUGGUUUUUUGGAAAAAUUUACCAUGCAAAGCAAGAGCAUGAAGUUGUGGAAAAGCUGGCAAAUAAAUUGAUAGAAAAAGAAUAUUGGAGUCAUUACAUUGACUGCGAAAGUAUAGAUCCCGAAGUCAGCUCAUUUGGGAUUCCUUCAAUGAAGAAGAAUAAGGUAAACGACCCGCUCAUACAGGCAGCAACGUUCGGCAUUCUUGAAUUGGUAACGGCGAUCCUUGAGAAAAAUCCCGAGGCUGCAGACUCCUUUGACGAGAAUGGAAGGAAUAUAUUGCAUAUAGCGGUGGAGCAGAAGCAUAGAUUUCUUUAUGAAUACUUGAUGAGUUCUUUAGCUUAUAAAGAUAGGAUGCUGGCGGAUAUUGAUAACCGAGGGAACACCAUCUUGCACCUCGCAUCGUGUGUUGAAAAUCCUGCUACUUCUAAUUCUAGAAUCAUAGAUGUUGCUAGCCAAUGGAGAGUCGAUUAUCAUGUCGGAACGAUCAGAACGAAGCGGGGAAGUGUCGAAGUGGUAAACCAGAUGAGUUGGGAUGUGCUUUGGUUCAAGCGUGUAAAGCAUGACAUUUAUCCACACUUAUGGCAUCUUCGAAACAUGGAUGGAAUGACAGCAGAGGAACUAUUCGAAGAAAAUCGCUCAUCUCUUCGAGAAGAAGCAGAGAAAGCAGCAAAACAUGUGAGUGCUAACUUAAUAUUCGUUGCCAUCCUCAUCGGCACAGUUAAUUUCGCAGCGCUUUUCACCGUCCCCGGUGGCUUCAAUCAGAAUACCGGUGACCCCAUGCUCCUCUCUGGUCAUCCACAGGAAAUGCAGUUAUUCAUGAUUUACAUAGGGUUAGCUCUGUUCUUCGCAUUUCUGUCGUUGACAAACCUCGUGCUAAUCCAAGUAUCGCGGUUCGACACCAAUGACUUUCACAUUGCAAUUCCAGUAAAAUCAAUAAUAUCCUCCGUCACCAUUAUGUACUCCACCGGCUUGUCUGCCACCGCAUAUUGCCAAGGCUAUAUACUUGAGAGCCGGCCGGGAACCUUCAUAGCCACCUUUAUGAUUUUGUACAUGGUGUUUGUGUGGUAUGUCUUGGCCCUGGUAAUGGUAGACACUACGGUCUCCACUUUCGAUUACAUGUACUAUGCUAUUUUCAAUUUGCUUGCUUAUAAAAGUUCGGACAUAUAGAAUUUAAUUAUUGAGAUUUGUAUUGUAUAAUAUAAUCUUUGUAUUCAAGAGAAUUACAGCAAAUGAAUUAAGAGUUUUUUUAGAAUAUAACAAAACAAUUACAUGAGAAA